CUUCCGGUGCGUCCCGGAAGCGGGACAGAGGCGAGGGGGCGCGGGGAGAGUGGCAGGAGAGGCCGAGAUGGGCCGGAAGCGGCGUCCGCGGGGCCGAAGAGGAGGCGGGGGGCCGGCUCUGGAGAGCUUCGCUGCGGCGCUGGCAGGGGCCCUGGAGGAGGAGGAGCUGCUGCAGCCAGCGGAGGGAGGGGCGGGCUCGGCCUCGGCCUGUGCCUCCGGGGUCGGGCCUCGCCCUCCGCCUCUAGGCCUCUGGGAGCUGGGCCAGUGCGACCCGCGGCGCUGCACGGGGCGGAGGCUGGCCAGGAAGGGCCUGGUGCGGGCGCUGCGGGUCGGAAAGCGCUUCCCGGGCCUCGUCCUCAGCCCCGCCGCCCACCGGCGCCUCUCCCCCGCAGACAGGCCGAUAGUGGCACAGGGCGGGGCAGCUGUGAUCGAUUGCUCCUGGGCCAAGCUGGAAGAGACUCCCUUCACCAAGAUGAAGGGGGGCUGCCUGCGGCUGCUGCCCUACUUGGUGGCCGCCAACCCCGUAAACUAUGGCCGGCCCUGGAGGCUGUCCUGUGCAGAGGCUUUGGCUGCUACUCUUGUCGUUGUGGGGUUCCCGGAACUUGCCAUGGAGCUCCUGGAGCAAUUUAAGUGGGGGCCCGUCUUCCUGGACCUCAACAAAGACCUCCUGGAGAGAUAUGCAGCGUGCGCUGGGGAAGAGGAGGUGCUGGCAGUGGAGAGGGAGUUCCUGCUCCAUGCGCAAGAAAAGGAGGAAGACGACAUAGAUCCCUUUGACGUUGACUCUGGAAAGGAGUUUGCUAAUCCCAACAGGCCCAUCGGCGUCUCAAAAGCGAUUCAAGAAGAUGACAGUUCAGCAGAGGAAACAUCAGGAGAUGAGGACGGAAAGAGCAGCAGCAGUCAAGAGGAGCUGGAUGCACCUGGGGCCCUUCCCAGGAUGGCAGAUGGGCCACAAGCUGCAACUGGAGGAGCAGCAGAAGACAUUUAAAAAGAAAGAACUCUUCGCCAUUCAGGGAUACCAAAUAGCUUGGGUGCCUGAAAAGGGCGUGGGUUUCAACCAUUCUUCCUCUUUGACAGUGUACUGGUCACAACCCUGGUGAAACCUCUAUAGUACCUACCUUGUCUGGAGAAGUUAAAGCCAUUUACAAACACCUUCAUUCAGAACAGUUUUAUAUAUUCCUUUGAAAAUAUUAUAAAAAUGUCAAGUUUGUACAAUAUGAACUGCCUAACGUAAACUGUAAAAAUAAUCGUUUGUGCUUGUUUUUAUUAUUAUUUUAAUAUGAAUUUAUUUAAAUAUUAAAUAUUUUAAAAUCUCAAAA